UUUCAACCACGUGAUUUAAUCAUCUGACAAUCAUAACACGGUAGCAGAAAGCAACAUCAAGAAACUGGGCAGAGAUGGAGCCUAGGAUGGAAAAUAGGGUAGGUUUUCUCUCCCCACUGGAGGAGUCCAGUGCCGAGGUGAGUCGGGAUAGUGGCAUCGUGUCGCAGAGUGCGAGUAGUUUAUCCAUGUUGAGCGAGGUCCUAAGUAGUGGCACCGUGUCACAAAGCCCCAGCUUCGGCGCAGCAGUCUCGCAGAGUCCGAGCUUCAACGCCGAGGAGCCCAACACGGACCCAGACCACAACCAGGAGGAUGAGAUCCUGAGACACACUGCUUUCAGUUACUCCUCCUACAUCAGAGCUACUGCUGGAGAUGAGAUCCUGUGUUUGGAGAAAAGUCUGGAGGAAAUGCUGACUAGGGUGGAUGAAUUUGUAGGAAUGCUUGACAUGAUCCGCAACGACACAUCACAGAUUGUCAACGAGAACCUACCUCAAAUACAUAGAAAAUCAGAAGAGAUGAGACAAAUAUACAGAAAGAUUGACAAGUUGGAUGCAUUUGUGAAGAUUGUAGGUGCCAACGUGAAUGUCAUGGAGGAGCAGGUCACUCAAGCAGAGAGGGAACAAGGAACCCUGCCGGGCGCCUUCAGAAAGAUGUUCCGCACCAUGAAUGUCCCGGGCUUUCUCAAUAAACCAGCCAGCCCCAGAAGGCAUCAGCAGCAGCAUCAGGAGCUUCCCCCAGUGUUCAAAACAGAUGAUUAUUUCACCCCACACCCAGGACACUGAAAGUUUGUCUGAAAUGACACCCUAUUCCUUAUUUAGUGUAUGACUCCCACACAUCACACAUGCAAUGGUCAGCCUAAGUCCUCCUUUAGGCCAGGUGACUUCAGUCUGCAUGGCUGUCUGGACUGGACCCGAGCCAUUGAUUGUGAUGGAUAUGGCUCUGGACCUUACUAUAAUACUAAUGUGCUCUGGACUGGAAGAUCUGAGGUUCACCAAUUUUAACUAGCAAUAUAGUGUUGGCUCUCUUUCUCUUUCACAAGUGGCUGUGAAGACACUAAAGAAAUCAGACUCUAAUUGGAUGUGGACACCUGCAAUAGGAAAAUGGUGUUAUUGAUCUAAAUACUUCUUUUUUAAGACUCUGUUUUUCAAGUUCCUCCAAGUGUUUCCCCUUUUCUGAUCUUGUUGAUAUUAAUCAUCACACUUGUAAUCUCACCAACAGUAUGAUUUGAAAUAUAUGGUGUUCAAGCUUGACUAAACCUUAACAUGAUAUGGUACUUUUACUUUGAGUGACAUUCUGUCUGUAGACUUCUGUUUUUAGAAUGCUAUUGUUUCUUGUUUGUAUGGUCUAAUGCUGGUGUGGAAUUGGCUAUUUGUAAUUCUCCACACACUGCACCAAGCAACAUCUAUUUGUUUAACAUACUAUUUUGUCAUAGUUGUAUAUUAUUUGAAACUUUUGUCACUAAUGAUCAUCAUACCAAAUAAUUAUAAAUAAAGUGGUUUCUUUCUUA